GAGAGAGAGAGAGAGAGAGAGAGAGAGAGAGGAGAGAUGGCAGCAACAGAGGAAAACAGCAAAAUCUGUGAAGCUUAUCCAAUGAAAGGUGGAGAUGGACCAACGGGCUAUGCUAACAACUCCGUUUACCAGAGAGGAGGUGCGGAUGCUUCCAAACAAUUUGUAAACAAGGCAAUUGCAGAGCUUGAACUGGAAACCUUGUUAUCUUCCAAGACCUUUAGAAUUGCAGAUUUGGGUUGCUCUGUUGGCCCCAAUACAUUUUUUUCAGUGGAAAACGUAAUUGAAGCUCUGCAGUUGAAAUGCAAAUCCCUAGGGUUGAAUUCCCAAAUACCCGAAUUUCAGGUUUUCUUUAAUGAUCAUGCCUCUAAUGAUUUUAACUUGCUCUUCAACUCCCUCCCACACAACCGGCAAUACUAUGCCGCGGGUGUGCCAGGUUCCUUCCAUGGUCGGCUAUUUCCUAGUAGUUCCAUCCACCUUUUUCACUCUUCCUUUUCCAUUCCAUGGAUUUCUCGAGUCCCAAAAGAGGUAGUGGAUAAAAACAGUCCUGCGUGGAAUAAAGGUCGAAUCUUUUACUCAGAUGCCACUGAUGAAGUGUUAAGGGCUUAUGAAGCCCAAAAUGUUGAGGACAUGGAGUGCUUCCUGAAUGCGAGGGCACAAGAGAUUGUGAAUGAAGGACUCAUGGUACUUAUCAUUCCAGGUCGCCAGGACGAUACCCCUCAUUCUCAAUCUCUGCCGAAUAUGCUCUUUCAAAUUUUGGGAUCAUGCCUCAUGGAGAUGACUAGGAAGGGAAUUGUUGAUGAAGAGAAAGUAGAUUCAUUUAAUAUACCUAAUUAUUUCAUGUCAUCCAAAGAACUAGAAGCUGCUAUGGAACGAAAUGGACGCUUUAGCGUGGAAAGAUGGGAAAAUUUGCAUCAUUUUGCCGCGCAUGACAUUGUCUAUAAUAUUCCUCAACUACUUGCAUCUCAAGUGAGAGCUACAAUGGAGGGACUCAUCAAGCAGCAUUUUGGAGACGAAAUCUUGGACGAGCUCUUUGACUUGUAUGGUAAAAGACUUGCAGAGCAGCAAUCCGUUGUAGUGGCAGGGAAGGCAAUGGUCUAUCUUGUUGUGCUUAAACGCAAGGCAAAUUGACUUGAACAUUGUGCUGUGUUGCUAUUUAUUUUGAGACGACAGUUUCUUCUUUGUGUUUAUGUCUGAUUUACUAAGAAGUACGUGUGAAAAGUUUCAAUAUUGUAGACGAGUUUUGACUUCCUACUGUCAUGUCAUUCUUCAUUUGUGUGUGGAAAAGCAGAAAAAAAUC